GUCCAAGCCUGGUCAGUGCUGAUAAAAGAGUUCCUGCUCUUUAUCCAGAGAGAUGUCAGCGCACCCUAAAAACAUUUGUGCAGAACCCCUGGGAGAACAAGCCUGUCAAAAGGUUACGCAAUCAGCCCAGCACACAGAGGCGGCACAGACCUCCAGUGUGCUGUAGGGGAUGAGUGCAUGUGCGUGUGUGUGUGUGUGUUUGAGUGUGAAUGGAUAGAGGGGGCGUUUCUUCAGCGAGAGGCAAAGCAGAGGGAAAAUCUCAAUGUAAGCUGCGCCAGAGUUUUCAGUUUCCUCUAUCUCCGCCCCUCAACGCAUGUUAUAUAGUGAAACCUGAAACGGUGGCUGGUCCGCAUACGACAGCCCCGCUCUCUCCUUGAAGGCUGCCGUCUGUCAACAUUAUGAAAGGUGAAAAACGAGAUGCAGAAAACACGUCCAAGGCGGAGCCGUCCAACGGUCAUGGCAGGCCGCUGGACAUCGUCCCCAGCACGGAGGAGAAGAUGAUGGACAGGGGCCAGUGGGGCAACAAGAUCGAGUUUGUCCUGUCUGUCGCCGGGGAAAUUAUCGGCCUGGGCAACGUCUGGCGUUUCCCCUACCUUUGUUACAAGAACGGAGGAGGGGCUUUUUUUAUUCCAUACCUCAUCUUCCUGUUUGCCUGUGGCAUCCCUGUGUUCCUCCUGGAGACUUCUUUGGGACAGUACACCAGUGAGGGCGGCAUCACUUGCUGGCGGAAAAUUUGCCCAUUGUUUGAAGGAGUGGGUUAUGCCACCCAGGUGAUUGUCGCUCUCCUGAACAUCUACUACAUUGUUGUGCUGGCGUGGGCUAUAUUCUUUCUCUUCAACUCCUUCACCUGGGAUCUUCCCUGGGCAUCUUGCAACAACACAUGGAACACAGAUUCCUGUGUGGCAUUUCAGAGGGGAAACGGCUCCGUCAAUCACCAUGAGAACGCCACCUCUCCCGUCAUUGAGUUUUGGGAGCGUAGAGUCCUGAGAAUUUCCUCUGGCAUUGACCACAUUGGCACGUUAAACUGGGAUCUGGUCGCCUGCUUGGCCGUCGCGUGGGUCAUCUGCUACUUCUGCAUCUGGAAGGGAGUCAAAUCAACUGGGAAGGUGGUUUACUUCACGGCUACUUUCCCGUACAUCAUGCUGUUGGUCCUACUGAUCAGAGGAGUCACUUUGCCCGGAGCCUUGAGGGGAAUCCACUUCUACCUUUACCCCGAUUUGGGACGACUGUCUGACCCCCAGGUCUGGAUGGAUGCUGGAACGCAGAUCUUUUUCUCAUAUGCCAUCUGCCUGGGCUGCCUUACAGCCUUAGGAAGCUACAACAAAUACAACAACAACUGCUACAGGGACUGCGUGUGUCUCUGUUUCCUGAACAGCGGCACAAGUUUUCUCGCCGGCUUUGCCAUCUUCUCCAUUUUGGGUUUCAUGUCCUUUGAGCAAAACGUGCCGAUCUCAGAAGUGGCCGAAUCUGGUCCCGGUUUGGCCUUCAUAGCAUACCCUCGCGCUGUCACCAUGAUGCCCGUUUCCCCUCUCUGGGCCUGCUGCUUCUUCGUAAUGAUUGUGUUCCUGGGACUGGACAGUCAGUUCGUGUGCGUGGAGAGCUUGGUGACAGCCAUGGUGGACAUGUAUCCCGCCGUCUUCCGCCGCAAAAACCGCAGGGAGCUCUUCAUCCUGGGAGUGGCUGUGGUGUCCUUCCUUUUGGGACUCAUCAUGCUGACAGAGGGAGGCAUGUACGUCUUCCAGCUGUUUGACUACUAUGCAGCCAGCGGGAUGUGCCUUCUUUUCGUGGCUAUUUUUGAGACUGUUUGCAUUGCCUGGGUCUAUGGUGCUGAUCGUUACUAUGACAACAUAGAGGAUAUGAUCGGGUACCGUCCCGGCCCCGUCAUUAAAUUCUGCUGGCUCUUCUUAACCCCAGCAACGUGCUUCGGAACCUUUGCCUUUGCCUUGAUCAAGUACUCACCUCUGAAGUACAACAAUGAAUACGUGUACCCAGUAUGGGGGGAGGGGAUUGGCUGGGUUCUGGCUCUGUCCUCCAUGCUCUGCAUCCCUCUGUGGGCGGCAGGGAAACUCUACUACACUCCAGGAACGCUUAAAGAACGCCUCAUUCUUCUCACCACCCCUUCCACUGACUUACCAACGACGAAGCAGCAACAAGGGAGGCUGAUGGGCGUCCCGCCUGGAGACAAACCCCAGCAGAAAGCUCCUCCCACCAGAGACGGCUACUUCCCUGUAGACGAAAAAGAGUCUCCCUGCUAGAGACUUGAGAGCCGAACUCUCUCUCUCUCUUUCUCUCUCUCUCUCUCUCUCUCUCUCUCUCACUUUCUCUCUCAACCCCUUACGUCAGGUGAAGACUUUCAGAGCCACCACACCUGUAACUGCACCUCUUGCUGCCGGAUCUUCCUCCCUCGUCCCGGUGCCUUGAACAAAACAUUCUCCACCUUCUUUUGGAGAGCGUGUCAACAUCUCAUUUGCCCAUGGCAGAGUAAUGUGUACAUUUGAAAAUGUGACCUCUAUAGGUUCUCAGUGGCAAAGAAAUUUGCUUUCUAAGGAAGCCUUUUCACCUGUUAUGGACAUCUGUAAUGUUCAGUUAGUUUGACGCGACGUUUCGGUAACUUUCGUUAAUUUUUAACGGCCUGGCCUGCAGCAGACGGAGCGCGAGAAGUGUCCCGACACCGACUGCAGCGUUCAUGAAAAGCUAACUUGAAUAAUAUUGUUGACUUUUUAAUUGCAUUUUUUAAUUAUUAUUAUUAAUGCAGCGUAUGUUUUGGAUACAGUUCUGCAGGGAUGACUUUUGUCAUCCCUAUGGGUUCGCACACUAUCUUGAAAAAGUUUGAAAAGUCUGGAAAGCUGGAAUUAUGGGGAAAAAGACAAUUCUUUGUCUGAAUAUAUGGUUUAAGUUUCCAGACUUUAUUUCUUACCGUACCUUUUUCUAUUAAACAAAUGGAAAUUUCUACAAGCAGUAUGAUUGUUACGCUCUUUUAUAUUUGAAUAAUACACGUUAUGUUUUAUCUGUGAUUUUCCACGUUGGAUUUUAAAUUCAAGAUGUUCGCCAUCACCGACUUGUUGAGAAAAAAAAACAAAACAUUUCACUGCUUCUUCACUGAAGGCCAAAAGUGUCACGUUAAAUGCCACAGUAAGUCUUUAGCAAAUAUUAAUGGUUGUGAGCAUUUAAAUAAAUGACAAUAAAGGACAAUGCAAAAUAAAUAAAUACAUUUCAGCAAUAGUUAAAUGUUUCUGGAUUACAGGAAUUUUCUUUCCUUAUUCAAUAGUAUUAAACUUGUUUUAUCUGUCAGCCUGAUCAAUCAUUAGGAAUUUCAAAUAUGAUGAAAGAAAAUAUGAAAAAAAUUAUAAAUUACAAGAUCCAUGUUGUUUUAGAAAUUCUAUUUUUACAAUUUUAUUUACACAACGACAUGAAUAGCCACGUCUAUGUCCGCUCAUCUUUGCAGACGAGUUCUUCCCAUUCAAGUCGGUUUUGAUGUCCAGCAUUAAAGAAUCGGAGUAGAAUAGAUCCUGAUUCACAAAUAAGUGUUGAGUUUGAAGUGAAACCGAAGUCCAGUAGUGGUAAAAAAAAAAGAAAAAAAGAAAAGAAAUAAAAACACCAAUGGACCAGCCCUUCAAAGAGUCAAGACAAAAAAUUGAGAGCCAACAUUAGUGUUGUAGUUUUUUCAUGCUUUGUGGAAAAACCCCCACCUGGUCUCUUCAAGUGUUUUUGACAUGAUUGUAUUGCACUCCAACGUCUAAUUGUAAACAUUUGAGCCUACAAAGUGGAAACCUGUGUAGGAACCUUUUAUUUCAACACCCUCAAUAUCACACUUUCUCUUCUUUUGCUUUUUUUUUUUUUUUUUACCGAAGUAUACUAAUAAGUGCUGCUUGAGAGAACUUGAGGUGAGGAAUGUAGCUCAAAGGACCAAUCAGAUAAGCUGUUUUGUGUUUUUUAUCCCGUUGUAAUACUUUGGGAAAUUACAAUUUAAUUUUUCACCUGCUUUACUGAACUUUGCAGAGUUGCAUGGUUAUUUUGUUUGUCUUUUUUUUUUCUUAUCAUUUCCCUUUACUUUUGAUAUUGACACAGUUUUAGUUUAGCUGGGGGUGUCUUGUAUCUAAUAUAAAGGUUUUUUUUUAUGCCAGUAAAAUGCAAAGGUUCUUAAACACGGAGUUGAUCUGGGAAAGCUGGUUGAUAUGUUUCUUUUUUUAAAAAGCCUUAUUUGACUUCUUUUCUGGUGCACACGAGAAACCUCAGACUUGGUUCGGCACAUGUGGGAGUGAAUGUACAAUAACCGAUUACUAUACAGAACAAUUUAUACAACUUUUCUAUUGUGAAAUAUGUUUUUAUGACUGAUUAAUGUCACCUUAAUUUUAAAACAAUGCUUUCAGUUGGUGGGAUGUUAUUCAUUUUAUCUUACCUGAUUUCAUAUAACUGUCUUGGUAUAAAAAAAUAAUAAAACAAUCUGUUGUA